AUGUUAGUGGAAGUGGUGGAAGCAAAGGAACAUCGCCAGCUGAAAGUGAGCACAGACUCGGCAGGACAAGAGCAUUCCCAACGAUUUGCGGACAGCAAAGCGGGUAGUGGAGUCCAUCCAGGACGACUUGAACGAGGAGGACGGACGGCAGCUUGUGUGUCUAUCAUUGAAAGCUACUUCGCCACUUCAAGCCAGCAUUUUCUAAGCCCUUUGCUGCGAGUUCAGCACUGUUUGCUCCCGACACGUUCUUCGGCUCAGACACCAGAACUUGCCUCGCUUUGCCAGUUCGCGCACUGGGAGUUUGGAUGGGAAGGGUCGGACAUGAUGCAGCGGCAGCAGCAGCAGCAGCAGCAGCAGCAGCAGCAGCAGCAGCAGCAGCAGCAGCAGCAGCAGCAGCAGCAGCAGCAGCAGCAGCAGCAGCAGCAGCAGCAGCAGCAGCAGCAGCAGCAGCAGCAGCAGCAGCAGCAGCAGCAGCUUGAAAGGUACCAUCAUCUGGUGCAAAGUCACCAGCGGCUGCUAAUCAGUGCUCUGAGUGCAUGGCGAUCUGUUGCGGUGAAAGAGGGGCAAGACCGUCGCAAGUCAUACAGGCUGGCUGCGAGUCUCCGGUUGCGAUGGCUCUUUCGCGCAUGGCAGUCUGUCUCCCGGGUGCAUUCGUUAACCUCAGCUGCUUGCGUGCGGCCUGUUGAUGUGCCGCAUGUGCCGCCGCUCCUUCUCCAGUUCCAUCAGUACCAGCAGCAGCAGAAGGAGAAGUUCAUAAGCCAACGGAUGCUGAGGCUCAAAGUUGCCUGCAAGUCCCGUGUCAAUCGAAUUCGGUGGAUGGCGCGAGCAGGUCAGAAGGUCUUACAUGAGUGGAAGCGUGCGAGCCGCAUGGCCGUGCUUGAACGAUCGAUCUCACACCAGCUGAGGACACAUUGGCACGCCUACCUCCGACGCAUUCUUGAGUCGCUGAGGCAGGUGGCAAGUGCUGCUAGGACUGCGCGGGACGCGGCACUGCAGCUGGAAAGGCGUCGGCUCGCAUGGGUGCUGCCGGCUCUCCAGGCAGCUGCGAGAUCAAGCAAGGCCUUGCGGGAACGUUCGGUUCUCGCCCGGCUCGGGUUCCGGAAGCAUCGCCUGCUGCGGAGCUUGAGCUCAUGGCAGGUCAGAAGUAUGACCCGAAGGCAUCAACGCCUUUGUGAUCUUAAUGCCGUAAGCAGGCUCAGGCAUCAUAUCUUGCAUCAGGCCUUGGGGAAGCUGCGUAGCUUCACUCUGCUUCGAGCAAAGUGCCGCGAUUUACGCAUGAGAUCGAUUCAGCAGUCAGCAUCCAGAGCCUUGCAGAACCUUCGGCAGGCUGUCCUUUGUUCUAGGAAAAGCCAGGGCAUCACUCACGUUCACAAACAAGCAGUCAUGCAAAGCGUGGUUCGUCAUUGGAUGAUGCUACAUGUGGCGCAUGCGAAGCUGGCUCUGCUGUCGAAGGAAGGGCUGCGUUCUGCGCGGCAGCUUCUUCAUUUUUGGUGGCAAGGCUCCAACUUCAGCGAGAUCCUCCAGUGGUGGAAGCUUGGCCUGUUGAUUCAAGCGAAAGAACGACAAGCCACUGCUAUGAACCUUCAGUUUGCCUGGCGCAACAGCCGGACGGUGCUGCAAGAAUGGUGUGCCACAGCAAGGCAGCUGCGGAGAGACCGCGAUGCUUUAUGUUGCCGGCGAAAGCUGGCGUUGCUUCGGUGCUGCUGGAAUGUCUGGGUGAGACAAGUUGUGAUGGUGCAACUGAUGCAGGGGUUUUGCUACAAGCAGCAGCUUGCUUGGGCCAGCUGUGUCUUCAAGCAAUGGCAAAAGCAAGUCACCUCUCGGCGGCUUGCAAGUCUCCUUGUCCGGAAGCGUCACGCAAGCCUCCGCAAACGAGGCUUCAGCCGUUGGCGCGCUCGCAGUUUGUCUAGACGGAAGGAUUUGCAUCUGCAGAGCCACGUGGUGCUAGCAUGGCUGGAGUGGGCAGCUUUGCGAAGACAGGUACGUGAUGACGUCGCGUGGCAGCGGUGGGCAGAUGGCGUGGCCGAUCUUUUUAUCUCUCGUAGACUGCUGCGUGGUCUGCCAACAUGCUUUAGCACCUGGUGCCAUUGUGUUCGGCAACGGAGGGCAUUGAAAGCCCGCGCAGCUGCGCAUGAGACAGAGUCGGCCAGACGAUGCAUGCAGUUCGCCUUUGGUACACUUCGUUGUAUCCUGGCUUUGCGACGCAUGCAGCGUUUCGAUUCCACAAGGUGCCCGCGGGAGGUUCGCUCCUCCUUCCUACAUCUUCGCCGGGCAUGCCAAAUGUCUGCCAAAGCAGGGACACUACAGGCCGCGAGUCAAAGUGGACGCAAGGCGCAGGCAUUCCAAGCUCUUCUGAAGCUCUAUCAGAAGAGGUGUUCUGCAAAGUCUAUGGAGGCGGUAUUGACUCGGCACCGUCUUGGUCGAGCACUUCUCAGAUUUAGGCACUUCCAGCAGAGAAUGGAUGCGAUUGAAGCAUCUGCAAAGCUGGUUGCACGUCGCUGCCGGCUUUUUGCCGCCUUAGCUCGAUGGCGCAAGGAACUUGCGCUGCAAAUGCGCAAGACUUGGCUCCCUGCUGUCUUCGUUGAGUGGAGAGAGGUCUGUCGUAGGGAGCGUCUGCGACGACUUCGACAGCGGCGGUAUGGGCUGCUUCGCUGGAGGACGUAUGUCAAAGACUGUAGACAGAGAAGGCGGCGCGCCGUACUGGCAGACUUGCUCCUUCGCCGCCGCCGAAUGCGAGGAGUGCUUCUUCCGUGGCAGCUGGCAGCUGCAUUCUCCAAGGAGGCUGGAGAGUUGAAGGACCGCUGGAGCGAUGCCGAUGUGGUUCCAGGCUUGCAGCGGCGCGCCUUCAUGGGCUACAGAGAUGCCUCCCAUGAAACGUGA